CUCUGUUAUUCCAUCUGGUUAAUCUCAACAAUUCGUCUUGUGAAACCCUCAAUUUUUAUCUAUAAAUUUCAUUAAUUUAUUAAUAUGUUUGCCCCGAAAGCCAAGGCUUAUCAAUGGGGCUCACAUUGACAAUACAGUUUUUUUAAAUAAAAAUUACAAAGUUAAACACAAAAAAGACAAAUACGAAAAAGGAUAUAUACGAUAAUUGCAUCAAACACAACAAAGACAAAUACAAAAAAGAACACUAUGAUAAAGUAUUUGACAAGCAGAAACGACAAGAUAAAACGCUGAUCUAUACCGCCAAACAACUGUCGUUGCUCGCCAGCUAUGCUUGACCACAAACUUGAGCAGCAGAGCGCGAGGUAAGAAGUUUAUUGCCUUGAGCAGCAAAAAGGAGGCCACGUAAUGUUUUCAAGACCAAACAUAUAGCCUACACAAAGGAGAAUUACAACAAUUUAUUAUUCUCUACAAGUAAUCAUUAAGUGCGCAGAAUCCUAAUCUAAGUCUUGUAUGUAUAAUGCUUGAAUCAGUUUCAUUUCCACUAGAACUUGCGGUAAGAACUCGACAGCUGGCCUCUGUAGUUCAGUUGGUUAGACGGCUGCAUCGGAAUCGCAGGACAGCAGGUUCGAUUCCUAUAGUUGCAUUUUCCGCAUCUGCUCCUGGUUAGGUUUAGUAAGUCUGUAAGUGGAUAAAAUUCACAUCUACACAAUCCUUCAACAAUCAAUUCCCAUCUGUUCUGCAGUUCAAUUUUAACCUUAAACAUGCACGGCGUAUACCGCCUAAACGACUGACGAUGCCAAGUACUAUAUUGCAUUUGCGCCUUCAGUGCUAGGUUACUACACUUUUCACUAAGAAAUUAUCUUUGAAAACCAAUGGCAAUGCUAUAGGGAAACACGUCUGAUAUUAUUAUACCUGGUUACAAUUUUGCAAACAAUUACAUAACAAGUACUGGCCCAAUGCUUCGCGCGCAGCGCGCGCGCAAUAACAAAUUUGCGCACGGGAGUGACGACAGCAGGUUAUACAGGGUGUAUAAAAAUGCGCACAGUUCCCGAAAAUGUCCGCCAAACUGCAAAUUCCGCAAAAUUUUACUUUCAAAAUAAUUUUAGUAGUAAAGAUACUUGCAGACCCCAUGCAACUACCCUUGUUUGCAUAAAGUUUUCACAAAUUUGCGGACGUUUUUUACACACCCUGUAGAAUUCGCGCAACUUAGAAUUUGAUGCGCAACUUAUGCGAAAACAGAUAGGUAAAGUUGCAAAGUUUAACAUAGCGUUUUCCUACUUUUCCAAACCGCGCACGGCAGCAAUUCACAUCUCGCUGCGGGCGCUUGCAUCUCCUAUGUCUAAUAAGCUAACGUCGGUCGCCGCACAAUUCACUCACAUGCAUGAUUAGUUAAAUGCUUAGUUAUACUUUUGUGCUCAAAUUUAAGCAUUAAAUCGUUGCAGAACAGACAAUAAUACAGUAGGGCAUGACCUCUUAUAAAGUCUCCGCAAAAUCUGAGAAACGCGCAUUACGAAAAGUUCAACGCGGGCUCAAAACGCUCGUGACGUCACCGACGUAUUACGUUUGAAUUGUGUGAAACAACGCAACAACACAGAAAUUUAUAGCAACAACGCCUUUUCUUCCAUUCAACUUUGAAGCUGAGAAAAUCUACAAAAAUAGUCGCUUUACAAACACUGGCACUGUUCUAAACAGAACUCUUUGGCAUACAGAAAAGUGCAAUUAACAUUUUGGCUCGUUGGAAGAAUACAGAGAGCAAGUAAGGGUGUUAUAACUGAAUUAUCUUCUAGAUAAACACUGUUUACGCUGGUUCAAAUAUCAAUGUUGUAGUUAAUUUUCUGGCUUUGAAGACCUUUUGCGGGGGGUUUAAUGAUACAUAAAUACAUCAAGAACGUAACACGACACCCUACAUGUCAGGUAUUGAGAUGAAUUGUUAACAGUUGCGUAACUUUGGGUAUUUUGCAACAUAUUUAAAGACAAUUCAGUGCUCUGUCACAACUAUUGACUGCUUUACGAAUGUUUUUAAAUUGAUAGUAUAUCAAACGUGUGUCUUUUAUAUCGUUUUUUAAUGGUACACUGUACAAAAUCAUAUUUGCAACUGUUUCUAGAUAAAUAGAAGACUCUUGCUAAGUGUAUUUGCUCGCGAUUAGUAAUUAUAGUUUAAGGGCAUUUUAAAUUCCUUUCAAUCAAAAACCACUUGGAAUGUGAAGCUUCAAUGGGUUUGAAUAAGAUGCAAUUGUAUUUUCAUUUUGGCUAUGUUAAAGUUGUCUGGGGAUACCAUUCAUGCAGAAUACUCUAGAUGUUUGAUGAGUUGGUAAAAUUAUCUGGCAUUAGAGAGAGUAAAGUAAUAAAGUAUGGUACAUUGGGGGUACGUACAUUGGGGGCACAUUGCUUAUUCACAGGUUAACUGAUUAAGUUUUAGAUUCAUAAAACCAUAGUGUUACUCUUUAAAUUGAGGUCAAAAUAUGAAAUGUCAGCACAUUCCUUGCCAGCUUCAAUUUAACAGCACAGAGAAAAACAAUUAGAAUCAAAUGAUAAAGUAGGGCAGAGUGGGUUGCAGUUGGCCCUCGUUAUUGCAUUGGCAAAAUUAGGGUUUUUGCCAAGUAAGGUAAGAAUUAUACAUUUUCAAUAUGCCCCGGCAUUUGCUUCGGCAAUUGCUGAGUGCCAAGGUGAAUUACGAAGGCUGGCAAUGCAACUCGAUGGGUUAAAUGGUGCUUGUGAAUGUGGGGAUUGAGCCAAAUGAUGUGUUUUUUUCAACAGCAAUGGGAGCUAGUAAGUCAAAGGCUUCGAAAGACAAGCCCAGGAUGGUAACGAAAGCAAAAAAAGAGCAAACAAAACACGUCCGACUUUUGGUUUUACACAAAAACUCUCAACAACCUCAACCAGGAACUGAUAAUUUCUGUGAUGCGUUGAACACCUACCCUCCACCAGGCAGUAUAAAAGUCGCUCCUAGUAAUGUCAAGAUCUUACAAAUCCCGGACGCUGGUCAUUUUUCAGAAUCCAUGAAAAACGAGAUUCGACCAUGGAUUUCAGAAUGGUUAAACCAAGAUCGUGUUGUCCUUGUAUGUAAGUUGACAGAUUGUGAUCUCCAAUCUUUAAAAAGGGGCACCAACUUCGAAAACGACAACAGGAUAAUUGUGUUCCGCUUUACGAAUCCGCCAGUGAACUUCCCAAUAUGUAUUUGCGUCGAUGUGGAUUUUUACACGGCAACAGAAGGGGAUAUGAAGGAAAAGCUCGACGAACUUGCUGCAACCAUUAUGGCUGGAGGCAAUUAGUGAAAGGAAUUUCUUCUCCAAUGAAACAUUUAUGUCUACAAAAUGAUAAAAAAGUAGUAGAGUAGGUUUGAUACUUUAAUUGGACGUCACUUUGUCAGCUUCUUGACAUGUAUUUCUUGCUUUUAUAUUUAUUUGGUUAAACAUUUCAACUUGAAUGAGAAAUUUAUUUUAUUAAAGAAUUCUUCGGAUCGGAAUUCUUUUUCAAUACUCGGAUCGAAUCGGAUUCGGAUUAGACAAUUUCGGAUCGGAUUUUAAACAUUAGGCAAUUGUCGGAUUAUAAACGUCCAAUCCGAUCCGAUGCACACCUCUAGUAGGUAGUGACAAUAACACCAACUGCAGACUGAGAGGGGAAUUCAAGUACCUGAAAAAUACAAAUAGAACUUCAAUGUUUUAAGUGAAGGCCAUUUGUCAGGAAGUUAGUAGCAAAAAGGGCAUAGCCGAAUUUUGAGGGGAGGUGUGGGGAGGGGCGCACCUCCUCUGAGAUCGUUUUGCACCACCCCUGAGAAUUUUUGCACCUCCCCUUAGGAAAAUUUCAAUGAUUGAUCACAGUGAAAAGUUUACUUUUUUUGGUUGCUUAGCUAAGGUCUACACUUCGUGAGGGAGUUUUUCUGUAAAAUUGAAACAGUGAUAGCCAUUCAGCUCUGUGUCAAGUACCCUUCUUAUGCAAUGUUUUUUAAUAAACUUCAUUCAUAAUUCAUUAAUUAAUACACUGAUACAUAUGUACACUAUUGAGACUUUGGCCCGUUCUAAGCCCCAACUUUCCGUGGAAGUUGUGAGCAAGACCGCUGCACCUCUCCUAAUUUUUUUCCACUCCCCCCACUAUUUCCAUCAAAAUCCGGCCAUGCAAAAGGGUUGAAGGGCCUUUGGUUGAAACGCCUGCGGCCAAAGGGUUGUUGCUCGAUAGUAGCUGAACUGGGCCUUCACACAAAAUGUUGACGUUUUACUUGUACUUUUUUAUAAUAUUUUUGAUAGUUGAAUAUUUUGAAAUAUUGGAGCACCUACCUAGCUGGCAUAACCCUGAUGUAAUUUCCCACCAAAGAAAUAUAUUGGGUUAGA